AUGGUGGAACCAUUGCCAAACCCAACCAGAGAAGAACGCUUGAAAAUUCUACAUGAAAGUGGCUACAAUCCGUUCCAGAUCAAAGACAAGUAUGUAACUUUUGACCUUUGGAGUGAUUCCGGUACCGCUUCAAUGAGCCAACACCAGUGGGCUGCCAUGGUGGAUACAAGCGAAGGUUGCAUCAAUCCCGAGAGCUUUGACACUUUUGUUGAUAGCAUCAAACGUUUAACUGGAUUUCCAUACAUUCUUCCCGUUCACCAAGGCAGAGCAGCGGAACAUAUUCUCUUCUCAGUUCUAGCUAGGCCAGGUCUCACUGUAUUCAGUAACACAAUGUAUAUCACAGGGCGUACAAAUGCUGAACUUAGUGGAGCGAUAGUGGUAGAUGUUCCUUGCAAACAAGUUGUUGGUGGAUACUUCAAUGGAGAUCUUGACUGUGCAAGGUUGCAGGAAGAGCUCAGAGAGGUGGAUGCAGGCAAGGCUAAUGUCAUCUUGACUCUAACCAGCAACAAUCAAGCAGGACAGCCAGUAUCUAUGGCAAACAUCAAACAUGUUUCUGAAAUUUGCAAGGUGCAUGAUAUUCCUCUGUUUAUGGAUGGAUGUCGUUUUGCAGAAAAUGCAUAUUUCAUUAAAACACGAAACAAGAUGUAUCAAGAUGUUCCCGCAAGAGAUAUAGCUCUGGAAAUGUUCUCCUACUUUGAUGGAAUGUACAUGUCUGCUAAAAAGGAUGGAUUGUGUAACAUUGGUGGCUUUUUCGCCACUCGACUCUCUGAUAUAUACGGAAAAUUCAAAAGGCGAAUGAUCUACAUUGAGGGCAAUUCCAGCUAUGGUGGGUUAUCUAGCCGGGAUAUGGAAGCUGUAGCUAGAGGUCUCUGGGAAGGAACGGAUGACAGGUAUCUGAAGUACAGAAUUGAAAGCUUGACCAUGUUUGGAGACAUCUUGAAGAAGGCCGGCGUCACAUUAGUAGAGCCAGUAGGAAGUGCCAUCUACAUUAACGCUGCUAAAUGUUUACCCCACAUUCCCACAGAACAGUAUCCAGCUUGGGCCCUGCACUGUGCCCUGUAUGUAGAAGGUGGCAUACGAUGUAAACAUCUCCAUGAUGUCUUGAAAGUCGAUGAUACCAAUAAACGAGAGAAUCCCCAGCAACAGCACUUUAUCCGACUCAGCAUACCAAGGAGAACGUACACCUUGUCUCAUCUCAUACACAUAGGAGGUGUUUUCAAGAGAAUUUUGGAGAAAAGGGGGAGUAUUUCUGGUGUAUGCAUCAAGAGCCCUUCUGAACAUUAUUUCUCAGCUAUCAUGGAGCCAGUGAGGAAAUGUAUCGUUGGUUAG